CUUCCCCGCCCCGAGACCUCCCGCCCGCCUCGCCGCGCCCCUUCGGCGCCCUCCCGCCCUUCAGACACCCAAGCCGGUGCCCACGCGUUCCGGGAUGCCUCGUUACGAGCUGGCUUUGAUCCUGAAAGCCAUGCAGCGGGGUUGGUACAGUAGGCCUCACUAGACUUAGCUGCAACUCAGAAUUUCUUCUCCAACAACUGAGUAAAUGCUGAUGGUCUUGUGGAAUGUGGAUUAAAAGUUCGGGCUAAGUUCUCAAAAUUCCAAUUAAGAAGCGGAGAAAAAUUUAAAAAGUGUCUCCUUCAAAGUUUGUCACAACCAACACCAUCAAGACAGCAAAUCAAAGGACAAAGACUUGACCUGCUAUAUAAUAGAUGUAGUCCGGUCCACGCAUGGCUUAAAGACUUGGCUGGGGGGAUCCAAAAAGUAAAGUUGACCACGUCUGUCUGUCCUUGGAAGCUGUUGACUCCUGAAAGUCACCGAAAUGAGGGCUGUGCUGGAGACAGCAGACAUUGCCAUUGUGGCCCUGUACUUUGUGCUGGUCAUGUGCAUUGGCUUCUUUGCCAUGUGGAAGUCCAAUAGGAGCACCGUGAGUGGAUACUUCCUGGCGGGGCGCUCUAUGACCUGGGUAGCUAUCGGGGCCUCUUUGUUUGUGAGCAAUAUUGGCAGCGAGCACUUCAUUGGGCUGGCGGGAUCCGGAGCCGCCAGCGGAUUCGCGGUGGGUGCGUGGGAGUUCAACGCCUUAAUGCUUUUGCAGCUGCUCGGAUGGGUUUUCAUCCCCGUCUACAUCCGCUCGGGCGUGUACACCAUGCCCGAGUACUUGUCCAAGCGCUUCGGCGGCCACAGGAUUCAGGUCUAUUUUGCAGCCUUGUCUUUACUGCUCUAUAUUUUCACCAAGCUUUCCGUCGAUCUGUACUCAGGGGCCCUCUUCAUCCAGGAGUCUUUGGGCUGGAACCUCUACGUGUCUGUGAUCCUGCUCAUCGCCAUGACGGCUCUGCUCACGGUCACGGGCGGCCUCGUGGCCGUCAUCUACACGGACACCCUUCAGGCUUUGCUCAUGAUCGUGGGGGCGCUGACGCUCAUGGUCAUCAGCAUGAUGAAGGUGGGCGGCUUCGAGGAGGUGAAGAAAAGGUACAUGUUGGCCAAGCCCAACGAGACCUCCAUUCUGUUGACCUACAACCUGUCCAACACCAAUUCUUGUCACGUCCACCCCAAGCCGGACGCGCUCAAGAUGCUGCGCGAGCCCACGGACGAAGACGUCCCCUGGCCCGGGUUCAUCCUGGGCCAGACUCCGGCGUCCGUGUGGUACUGGUGUGCUGACCAGGUGAUCGUGCAGAGGGUCUUGGCCGCCAAGAACAUCGCCCAUGCCAAGGGCUCCACGCUCAUGGCCGGCUUCUUGAAGCUUCUGCCCAUGUUCAUCAUCGUGGUGCCGGGCAUGAUCUCCAGGAUACUCUUUGCCGACGAUCUUGCCUGCAUCAACCCGGAGCACUGCAUGCGAGUGUGUGGGAGCCGGGCCGGAUGCUCCAACAUCGCCUAUCCGCGCCUGGUCAUGAAUCUGGUCCCCGUGGGCCUCCGAGGACUGAUGAUGGCUGUCAUGAUCGCCGCGCUGAUGAGUGAUCUGGACUCCAUCUUCAACAGCGCCAGCACCAUCUUCACGCUGGACGUGUACAAGCUCAUUCGCAAAACGGCGAGCUCAAGAGAGCUCAUGAUCGUGGGGAGAGUUUUUGUGGCCUUCAUGGUCGUGAUCAGCAUCGCGUGGGUGCCCAUCAUCGUGGAGAUGCAAGGGGGCCAGAUGUACCUCUACAUUCAGGAGGUGGCCGAUUAUCUGACGCCCCCCGUGGCUGCCCUCUUCCUUUUGGCCAUCUUCUGGAAGCGCUGCAAUGAACAAGGGGCGUUUUAUGGUGGAAUGGCCGGCUUUAUUUUAGGGGCGCUUCGCUUGAUCCUGGCCUUUACCUACCGCGCCCCAGAAUGCGACCAGCCCGACGAGAGGCCAGCCUUCAUAAAAAACAUCCAUUACAUGUACGUGGCCACCGCUUUGUUUUGGAUCACAGGACUCAUCACCGUGGUAGUGAGCCUCCUCACACCGCCCCCCACCAAGGAACAGGUCCAUACGACCACGUUCUGGUCCGUGAAAGUCCCCGGCAGGAAAGAGAGCCUCCCACGAGAGGACCCCUACAAAAUGCAGGAGAAGAGCAUCCUGAAAUGCAGCGAGAACCUCGAGGGGACCAGCCCUGUGGUUCCUAAUGGGAAGUCUGAAGAGAGCAUCAAGAACAUGCAGCCAGAAGAUGUCACUCUCUUGAUGACGUGCAAAGAGGAGAGCAACACGGUGUCUUCGUUAAGCCAUUCCGAGGCCGAGACCCCCGUAGACUCUUACUCCAAUGGGCAGGCAGCUCUCAUGGGCGACAGAAAGCAAGAGAAAGAGGUGGACAGCAGACACCAGUACUGGAAAUUCAUAGAUUGGUUCUGUGGUUUUAAAAGCAAGAGCCUAAACAAACGAAGCCUCAGAGAUGUGAUGGAGGAGGAGGCUCUUUGUUUACAAAUGUUGGAAGAGCCUCCCAAAGUUAAGCUGAUACUGAACAUUGGACUCUUCGCUGUCUGUUCACUUGGAAUCUUCAUGUUUGUUUAUUUCUCUCUGUGAACUUUUAAGGGGAUGGUGAGACAGUAGCUUAUGAGGAUACUUUCUUUGAAAAAAAAUUAUAACUGUUGCAUCUCUCAGGCGUUGUUUGUACUGAGGUUUUAGCCAAAUUUUACUAAGCAAAAAAAUGACCCGUUUGCAAGACUUUUUAAUCUACCCAGAGUUGAACAAAAACAAAACUCUUCAUUUUAAAAGAAGCAAAACUUUUUAGCCUCCUCAGUUGUACAAAUGAAAUUUAAAAUUUCCUUCAAUACCAAAGUAAAAAAAAACUGGUUUUAUCUUAAUGUUAUACUAUGAGAGAACUUAGACCAGCUACCAAUGGGACCUUUAAAACAAAAUAUAUUUAUUUUACAGUACUUUCAACAAAUGUAUAGGAUGUGCUGCCAAGUCUGGGUAGAAUUUUUGACACCUCAGAGUACAAGAUGCAUUCCAAUAUAAUUCUCUUGCAUCUUCUUAACCCUGUUACCCACACUUCCAUUCAAGUUUUCUUAAAAAAAAAAAAAAGAUUCUUGUUGCACAGUCAGAUUUUGCUAUAUAGCUAUUUAUGGAGUUUUAUGGUUAAGUUCAUUUGCCAGUUUUAUUGCCAGAAUUUGUAAGCCAAGAGUUUUUGUGAAACGAAAGGAAAGCUAUUUUCCAAUAGGUAUUCUUUAAUAUAACAGGCUUUUGAGAAUUAUUUCAUGUUCUGGUUUCUUUUCUUUCUUUUCUUCUUUCCUUCCUGGGUCCCUACAAAUUUCAUCAUGCCUUUCCCUUAAGGGAAAGCGGGUGAGAGAACGUGGAUGUGGUACAGUUCACAACUGAACGUUAUUUUUGAGACAACUCAGAACCUAAGUCUUGCUGACCAGCUGGUUGAUUAUCAUCUCUGAAGCGGAUUGAAAACAUUCCUGGGAUGGCAUGCUGUGAAGAGAACACUUUUCUGGUAUUGACGAUGCUCCCUUUGGGGCAGUUGGUUGACAUGGGCUGGCUCAUGUCUGCCUUUAGUAAUUGAGAUCAGAAUACAGAAGUCAUAAGCUAGUUGAAAGUGGCAUAAAAGCACACAUUGAGCAAAUCCAUAAUUACUCUCUUACUGACCCCUGUAUAGCGAUACUGAUCUUCAAUCACCACAUCUUCGUAAAAUUUUAAAAAGAAGUGAAACACUUCUACUCUCUUUGGAUUUUAUCAAAACCAUAUUAAGGGUCACCAAGAUCUUACAACUCCUGGCUUUCAGUCAACCAAGAACCAUUCAUUUAUGAUUUUUGUUUCUAGAUUGAUCUUCUUAUAUUGGGCUACUGCUAAUUGGUCCAAACAUGGUUAAUUUAAAAAGUUAUCUGGUAGCAGAAUGUCUUCCCAUCCCCAUAGAGACUUUGUAGAGGACGUCUGUGGUUUAUACUAAUUGUAUUAAUAGCAUGUCUUUAUGGAGUGCCUUGUGAACAUUAAUGAAUCAUUCUACAUGUUUAGACUCUUGGGAUAAAUAGGUAGGGUCAGCCUUCCAUUGUAUGGAAGAAGCUAAGGCCAUAUUUAUCCAAGAUACCAAGUUGGUAGAAUAAUGAAAGCCAGGUCUCCCAACUUGUGUUUUGCCCAUUAAGAUAUAAUUUUUUAAAGACUAUGUCUGUCAAAAGAUAUUUAAAAGUUAGGAGUUUAAUGAUAACUUUUAAGAAAUGUUGUAAUGUGAGAUUUGUCCUAAUUUAAUUUUCUUUGGUAGCUUAUUGUAUUGCAGUGUGAAUCAUUUGUAUGUUGGCUUGCAUGCUAUUGUUGUCAUCUUCCUAAAUUUCAUCCCACUGAUUUAUAAGCAAUGUUUUUUUAAAACAGAUUUUAAUUAUUUUUUGUUAAGAAUGAAAUGUAGAAUCAUUUGUUCUCUCAUCUCCCUCUAGUUGUCUUAAUUGAUUAUUAUACAAAUAAUAGUAUCUGUGUGUGUAUACAUACAUAUAUAUCAAACCUGGGCUAAUAUUUAUGAAUCAGGAAAGCUAUCAAACUUAUCAACUAAAAAUAUCUGUUAGUUUAAAUUGAAAACCCUGAUUAUUACCACGACAAUGUUUCAGUCAAAAAUAAUAACCUUCAGUUUCAUAGGUGUAUAUAAUUUAACAGAUAAACAUUUCUUUGCAUUCUGCAGGAUUACUUGGACUAUUUUUAAUAAAAUGCUUUCAACAAUAAAGCCAAAUAGGUAUCUCUUCUAGACAUUAGUAUGCCCAUUGUUGUGUAUUAUUUUAGAUAAAGGUUCAUAUUUGGUAUAUGGUAACAGUGAUCAGAGCUACUAAGAGUCAAAAUGAGGGAAAUGAAUGAAUUUGUUCUGAAAAGAAUCAUUUUAGCAGUCCCGUGGUCCAAGUUAUUUUGAUAUUUUAGGUGUUUGCCUUCAUAGGUGUCCUUACUCCCAAAAGGGCAGGGCUUGUAACCCUCUACCCUGGAGUGACUACCUCAGCCUCCCCUCCCCCGGCCCCCUCACCCCCACCCCCAGGGAACCCAUCAAUUUCCCACUCUAGAUAGGAGAAAUAGGAUUCUGAAGGAUUCUUGUUGGCAGCGCCAACAGCUUUUUGUGUCCUUUGGUCAUUCCAGGUUCUAGUCAAAACCUUUGUAUUUGGCUGCCAUAAUACAUUCCCUGUCUUGCAAAGAAUCUGUAGUGCCUAACGAAAGGGGUUGUUGCAAGCUACUUGAGGUGAUACACGGUUACAGUUCCUAGGGAUAGUCCCAUAGAGCACUCUUCGAAUGUCGUUUUAAAACUGGAAUGGAUAUUAUCCAUGUUCUAGAUUACAUUCCUACUUCCUUCCUUAUUCUUCAGUUGAGGUAGUUGAGGUUGAGAGAGAGAGAGAGAGAGAGUUAAUGACUUGCCAUAAAAGCCUAGAGCCAUUCCAGUGUUGUAUUUUUUUUUCUUUUAUGCUAUAUACUACUUACACCUAUUUUUACCAAGGAUCAACAGCAAUUGCAGCUCAAUUUUUCUACCAAUAGCUCUGUGGUCCAGCUGUAUCUAUGGCUACUGACAGAAUUACAGAUGUGAUAUUUUCCAUUUGUGGAUUUAUUGGCAGCUUUUAUAAUCUUUUCCUCUUUUCUACUAGCUAUAUCAAGGCUAGUUUGUCUUAAAAACUUUGCUUCUAUAGCUCAUUUUCAGGUAUAGAAAAUAGAAAAACUGCAGAUGUAGUUGCCCUAAAGUAUAAGGCUCAAGAUACAGGACCAUAUAUCCUUUCAUGGGACUAUGGACACACAUAGGAGUAAAAGUAUUUUCUAGUGCCUCAGACCAUUAAAGCUCAUCAAUUCUUUUAUCCAUUGGUUUGGAAAAAUGAACUAGGCAAGUAAGGAAUUCCUGGAUAAUGUGACUUGGAUAAUAGAAACAUGAGCAAAGUAGUAAAUUUAAAUGACAAAAAUAGAAAUUAUGACUUCUCAAACACAGAUUGGGGGGGGUGGGGGGAUGAAUAUGUUAGAUAUUGACAUUCAACCAUAUUUAGGAAGCCUGAUUUAAUCUUAAAUUUUGUGAUGAACAGAUUUUUAACCAUCAUAAUUCAAGUGAUGACAACGGUUGAUUUUUAUUGGUAAUGAUUUGCUAAUGACAUUUCCCCCCCCAAAUAUUCUUAUAAAGAUUUUAACAUUUAUUUGGCAUGAUAUCUGGUUAAUGCUGAGAUUAUCUAGAAUGAAUUUUAAGCAUGUUCAGAGAGGUGUGACUCCUUUUUUCAUUUUUUCCUCAUCUCAUGCUUUUCCUUUUUUCCUUUUCACAUUUUAAUUGGUCAUUGUUUUAACUUGAAGUAAUUUCAGUUUGUUAUUGCAUGAAAAUCCUCUUUCUUGUUUUGUAGAUUACAAUCCGAAUGAAAGGUCAUUAAAUUUAGUUAUAUAAAAUAGUCUUUAAAAAUAAUAUUUUAAAUUUAUUUUACUUUAAAUUUAACUCUUGAUGAUUUUCAUUAGAAAAUGAGAGCUUUUUCCCAGCUUCACUUGAUAUUCUUAGCUAAUAAUAUGAACCCUAACGAUCCACUGGUAUCAUUUAAUUCUCUGUUGUUUGCUCUAGAUAAAAAACAAAAACAACACAAGCUUGAAGAAGCUCCAGUUAAGGAAGGGUUCAUAUCAGUUUCAUUUAGUGACAGUCGCUUAAUAGAAUAACACAGAGUAAUGCUGUGCUGCCAAAAGGGGAGAAUUUAUAAGUAGUUUAAAAAAAUUACUAUUUAGAGAAAGGGGCAUGAGAAUUGAUGACUGAUGUAGUAUAGAUAAGGUGCUGUUUGAUAAACUAAAAUUUUCAUCUCUUCCAGUUGUUAAAGCAUUAUUUGAUGAAAUUCACAAGGAGUAAUCCUUGACUGCUUCGAAUCAUAAAACUUGGAAAUCGGUUCCUUUUUUUAAAAAAGUAUUAUAAAGCAGAAAUUCCCAACUUUUUGUUGGGACCCUCUGAAUUUGCUGGAAUCCAAAGAAUAAUGUCUAUUUAAAAAGUCAUAAUUGAAAGAAAUGCUAAAUUUCAGUGAGAGGUUAAUGAAAAUAAAAAUGUAAUUUCCCCCCAUCCUAAAAUCUGCCUCUAGACCUCAGUUAAGAACUCUUGCAGUAACACUACACCAACUACCUUUAUGGCAAACCAGAAUAUUUGACAACUUUGAGGCAUUAUUGCCUCUGUGUAGGGGCUUAUCAGGAGGCUCAGGCUUCAUUUCAGUGCCCAUAUGCUGCUACUAUCUCUCAUUUCAUCUAAGUUUCUUUCCAUUUUUCUCCCCAAAUAAUGGGACUAAGACUUAUACUACUGAUAUACCUAUUAAAGAUAUACUGUGAGGAUAAAUGAAUUUGUUUUGUUAUUUUUAAGCACUUUGAGAUUUUUGGAUUGUUAUAUUCAUGUCAAAUGUGGUACUGCCCCAUUUACCCAAUAGUUAGACUUAUAGCACUUGCAGCAAAUGGGACAUAACCAUAACUCUACAAUUGGCUUUCAAAUAGGGGGAAAAAGUACUUGAGUAUUUGAAAUCUUAUUUGUAAAAGUCUGUUAGCCCCUUGACAGGGACUGUGCCUCCUUAUUUAUCUUCACCACCUUAGCAUUUAGCACAGUGCCUUGUUUAGCAAUAGGUGCUUAAUAAAUUUCUGUUUUUAAGUGAAUGAAUGAACAGAAACCCCAUGCACUUUAUUCCAAAAGAGAAGCCCUUACCUAGAGCCUAUUGACUUAAACCAGUACCUUUACCAAGAAUCUUGAUUAUAUGAAGUUUUAGGACUGUAGAAAAGCAGACAGAAUGAUAGCAAUAAGCCUUUUAAAGAUGUGCUGCCUAAUAAGGGAGAAUAUGCAAGGUAUAAGAUGCUACAUAGCCUUAAGGAGUGCUUAGUGUGGUACUGUCUCCUACACACCUGCAAGCCCCUCCUCGGCAUCAUGGCAUUAUAGCACAGUAGAGUGGUUAAUGAUCACCAUAUAUAGAUCACACAGUUGUUAAAACUAUUACAUUGCAAUUUAAAAUGCUAGGGAUAUUUCUUUUAAAAAAAACUUGACACUUAAUUGCAAUUCUGAUUCUUAUUGUAUACCCACCCCUCUUAGAUGACAAGUUCUGGGUCAAUGAAGCAAUUACUGCAAUUUUUUUUUUUAAAUUUGAGAUUUUAGCUUUUCAACUUUUAGGGCAGGCAAUCUGGAUAAUUUUAAAUCAUAUAGAGAUAAAAUUAGCAUGUUUCAAAAAUAAGUUGUUACAUUAUAAAUACUUGUCUGGGUUGAGGAUUUGGAAGUAAUGCCUCAGGAAAAUAAUAGCCCCAUGUAUUUAGUAGAAAGAUUAAAAUUUUCCAGGAAUGUGGAAACCAAAAUUUAUUUGACUCCUCAUUAUAUGGGGAAACAUAGCAUCUCCUGGGUUACUUGUGGUGAGGCUUUUAAAAUUAAGAUUAUCUGUAGUUUGACAUAGUGCCUUCAGGAUGUCAUUUUGACUUUUCUGAGUCGUUUAACUUUAUUGCUAUAAAAUACUAAAUCUUACAGUUUUUUCUUUCAUAGUUUGAUAUAAGUAGGAAGAACAAAUCAAAUAUAUAUAUAUAUAUAUAUAUAUUGGCUCACCAUAUGGCCAACUUUCUAUUAAACUAAAAGAAACCAUAAUGUGAUAUAUUUUAUAUAGUUGUGUUUUAGCUUAAAAUUAUAUUUAUUUUAGUGUUAUAUGUUUAUAUGGUGGGGAAUUUUUAUUUUUGGCAACCGUAUAAAAUUUAUGUAUUCAUUUAUCUCUAGCAUAAUCAGAAAUUCUAAGCUUUUCAAAUUCUCCCUUAAGACUUUUUUUUUCUUUUAUGUUUACCUAUUGUAACUUUAUGAUGUGUUUUCUAAAACUUUUGUGUGAAAAGAAUAAUUUUUAUUUUCUAUGGCGGGGAGCUACAAGUGCAUUGAAAGCCCAGGAUUUAUUCUUUUUAUGUGUAUAUAAAAUAUAUGUAUAUAUACACACACACACAUACACACAAAGCACAACAUAAACGAUUUUCCAAUAUUGCCCAAUCUCAACUCUAAACCCACCAAAAACAUUUCCUUUUUGUUGUACAUAAAGACAAGAGAACCUGAUAUUGGAAAUUCCAAAUAAUAGGUUAUCUACUCAUUUCAUCAGGGAUCCUAAAUUAUCAUCAAUUCUGUAUGUUAUUCUGUGUAUGAUUUUUUGUCAUAGAGGGAACAGGGGAAGCCUAACUAUAAGAAUAUACAAGUAGUGAAAUCUAUUGCCAACAUAUUCAUUGUCAGUAUAGGAAAUAGGGUUGGGUCAUCUGUACCUUCUGUGGCCUUUUUUUCACAGCCUUCUAGGAUGGGCUGGUAUUUAACACUCUUCUUAGGGUCACCAAGUCUGUUUUAAUUGUAAAGUUACUUUGGACAACAUUGCCCAUUAAAAGCAAUUGUAUAAACAGUACUCAGACUUUUAAAAACAUAUGAUUCAUUCACAUUUUAAUCACCUAAAUGCUUUUUUAGAAUUAAUUCCUACACAUUCUUCUAUUUGAGAGAAACUGGGUUUCCUUUUUUCCUCUCUAAAAACAAGAACAAAAACAAACCCCUACCUUCAGCUUUAGAAUUGAUAUUGGUUCCCAGGCAGAAGAGUGGUGGUUUGCCUGGGCUCACACAGCUAAGAAGAAGUGUUUGAGGCCCCCUUUUUUUCCAUUAAUGGGAGACCAAAAUUAAAUUGAAUCAAGUAUUGAACAGUAGACAUGGAAUUUAAAUGAUUGUCAUCCUCUCAGAGUAGCUACAUUGGAUCAUCUUCUUUAUGCAAGUGCAUUCUUCCACUCUAUCCCUUGUCACUGUCUUGACCAAUGAUGCAGUAGUAUUAAUCAUUACUAGAAUUAAUAUUCUUCUGAUCCAUUCAGAGCUGUGUGUGUGGGAUGGAUUUUUGCACAAAAUAGUUUUAAAAAUAAUUCUCAUUGGGGAAAAGUUGUGGGGAAUUCCAAUACUACUGCCCCAAUACUACCGACAUUAGGGUCCCAUAUAAAUUGCACAUUUUUGAACAGUUUCCUUUAAGACUUUAAGAAGGGUAGAGCACUACAGGUAUGUAGUAAAGUAAAGCUCAGAAUGAUUUCAGUGGGGGAGAUGGUCCUUAGGGAAAAGCACCAAGGACACAGAGAGAGAUAGUACAUAGUGAGUGUUACUUUUAAGAAAAGGGCUUGACUUAAAAAAGCUUGUUAAUAUGGUAUUCCUGCUGUACCCUUUAUUAUUGUUUUAAAGUUAAAAUGGUGAUGGGUAAUAAUUUAAAGAAGUUUUUUUUGAAGAUUAUUUUAAAAUGUGAGUGCUCUUUGCAGUUCUAAUAAUGGACAUGCUACGUUAUUGGUGGUGUUUCUUCUCAUACCAUUUUAGUUUAUUAAUAAAAAAAAAAUUAGGAAAAAAGGCAUAGAAAACCAUUCUUACUUUUAGAAUCCCUAUUGUUUAGACCAGUGCUGACUAUCAUAUGGCAAUUCUAUAUAAAAUGUGCUAUGCGUCUCAAUACUUUUAUUUUUAAUAAGGUGGAUAUCAAAAAUAGUUGCUGUGCAAAAUGUUAGUAGUCUUCUUCAAGAAGAAAUAAAUUCUUUUUCUAAUAUCCUGUGAAAUCCAUCCAUUCCUUUACUUUCAAGCCAAAUGUCAGCAGAGUACUGCUGCUUUUAUCUAGUAACUUUGAUAUGUAAGUAUUAAUGCAUUUAAAAAAGAUGUCUGUAAUGAGUGACUUGUUCUAGAUCUAGGCCCACUCAGCUAUCUUGUGCAGCUUUUCUAUGAGAGACCAUUUAAUACACUGGGGCCAUGUACUCAUGUAUAUGUAUUGUUUUCAUUUGUUGGCCAUGUGCACUGAAGACCAAAAAUUAUUGUAAAUGAGCUUGUGGGAAAAUUAAUUUUGUUUUUGUUGUUGUUCAGUUUUCUUUUCAUUGAUUCUCCCUUUCUCUCAAUUUUUGAAAAAUAAAGUGGGCUUCUUUGGUUUCAGCUCAUUGUCCAAUUUAGUUUAAUGCCCAUUAGAAUUUUGGAAAUUAGGUUAAUUCCAAUAUUGAAUGGGGUUUAGUGAAAGAAUAGAUUUUAAAUUGUUAACUGGUCACAACUAAUCUAAUUUCACUAUUCUAACCUAAUGUAUAUUAAAUAUGAUUUUAAAAGUUACAGACAUAUUGUGAUACCAGUUUGUUGUGUUUUCCAAAGUGUUAUAAAAAUUCAGAUGAAUCUGCUAAAAAAAUCAGUUUCCAUUACUGGCUCAGUGUAAAAUAUGAAAAUGUUUUUUGUGUACUUUGUGUGUGUGACUUUGCCAGUUACAUUAGCCUUCAGAAGUAUUUGGAUAUCUUAGACAAGCCACAUUUCUUGCAGAGUACAUUCCUUUCUGUGGUAUUUUGUCUUGUAUCUAAUGUAUAGUAAUUAUUUUAUGGACACAUUUAGCACUAUUGUACCAAGUUUGAAUAAAAAUGGAAAAUUUAAA